GAGGCUGCUGGCAAAGCAGCAGCAGCAGCAGCAGCAGCAGCAAGAGCCAGGCUAGGCAGCGUGGCUGGGGCUGUGUCUGGGCCCCCUCCCCUCCCUCCUCCUCCUCCUCUUUCUCUUUCCUGCUCCCAGCCCAGGAUAAAAGCGCCUGCUCCUGCCCUCCCUGCCUCACUCCUUGCCUGGACCGCCUGCCUGGAGCCCUUCCCUUGGGCCUUUCCUCCUUCUCUGCUCGGUGGACCUAAGCCCCUCCAGCCCUAGCCUUGCCCAGAGGAGGAUGGCGGCGGUGGUGCUGGAGCCGGAGUCGGAGCCCUCCUGCAGCCUCCCGCCGGGCGCCGUGCCCCCUUCGCCCAGCCUCUCCCACCGCUUCCUGGACAGCAAGUUCUACCUCCUGGUGGUCAUCGGGGAGCUGGUCACCGAGGAGCACCUCCGCAGGGCCAUCGCCAGCAUCCAGACAGGAAUCCGAUCAUGGGACACAAACCUAGUAGAAUGCAACUUGGAUCAAGAACUUAAACUGUUCGUGUCUCGCCAUUCAGCUCGAUUUUCUCCUGAUGUGCGAGGUCAGAAAAUUCUUCACCACAGAAGUGAUGUCUUAGAAACUGUAGUCCUGAUUAACCCUUCAGAUGAAGCAGUCAGCACUGAGGUGCGUUUAAUGAUAACGGAUGCUGCAAGGCACAAACUUCUAGUACUAACUGGGCAAAGUUUUGAAAAUACAGGAGAGCUUAUUCUUCAGUCUGGAUCUUUCUCAUUUCAGAAUUUUAUUGAGAUCUUCACUGAUCAAGAGAUUGGAGAACUCUUGAGCACUACUCACCCUGCCAAUAAAGCCAGCUUAACUCUUUUCUGUCCUGAGGAAGGGGACUGGAAGAAUUCAAAUCUUGACAGGCAUAACCUUCAAGAUUUCAUCAAUAUCAAACUCAACUCUUCCUCUAUCUUGCCUGAAAUGGAAGGACUUUCAGAAUUCACAGAAUACCUGUCAGAAUCAGUGGAAGUGCCAUCGCCUUUUGAUAUCUUGGAGCCACCAACGUCAGGAGGUUUUCUGAAGCUUUCUAAGCCUUGCUGUUACAUUUUCCCAGGUGGAAGAGGAGAUUCUGCAUUGUUUGCAGUUAAUGGGUUCAACAUGCUCAUCAAUGGGGGCUCAGAGAGAAAAUCUUGCUUCUGGAAACUCAUCCGACAUUUGGACAGAGUGGAUUCAAUUCUGCUCACCCACAUUGGAGAUGACAACCUGCCAGGAAUUAACAGUAUGCUACAACGAAAAAUAGCUGAAUUAGAAGAGGAGCAGUCUCAAGGCUCUACUACUAACAGUGACUGGAUGAAAAAUCUAAUUUCACCUGAUUUAGGAGUUGUAUUUCUUAAUGUCCCUGAAAGCCUAGGAAACCCCGAUCCUAAUUUCCAGUUAAAAAGAAGCGUAGAGGAGGCCUGUUUUACACUUCACUACUUAAGCAAACUGUCUAUGAAACCAGAACCUCUCUUUAGAAAUGCUGGAAACAGCACUGAGCCCAUUAUCCUUUUUCAAAAAAUGGGAGUAGGAAAGCUUGAAAUGUAUGUGCUUAACCCAGUCAAAAACAGCAAAGAGAUGCAAUAUUUCAUGCAUCAGUGGACAGGUACAAACAAAGAUAAAGCUGAACUGGUGCUACCAAAUGGUCAAGAGAUAGACAUCCCAGUUUCCUAUUUAACAUCAAUAUCCUCUUUGAUUGUAUGGCACCCAGCAAACCCCACUGAAAAAAUCAUCAGAGUGCUCUUUCCAGGGAAUAGUACUCAAUAUAGCAUACUAGAUGGACUAGAAAAACUCAGACAUUUAGACUUUCUUAAGCAGCCAACUGUUACACAGAAGGACCUCACUGGUAAUGUGGCAAGUCCAGCAGUAAAGCAAACAAAACUUAAACAGCGAACAGAGAGUAAGGAAAGUCUCAAGCCUGUCACAAAACCACUAUCUAGCAAAACAGUCAGAAAGGAAUCAAGAGAGGAGGCACCAGACACAGGAAAGUUCAGUCCACCUGAAAAGACUCCAAAAGUAGAAAGUAAAGAGAAAUCCACAGCAAAAAAGGAUAAAACAACAAAAGCUGAAACUAGGCUGUCUGUGACAGAAAAGGAUUUGACGGCUAAGGAACAACAGCUUGUAAAAUCUGAACCAGCCGAAAAACAAGCAGCAGAUGUCAAACCAAAAGUAAUAAAGGAGAAGCAUGUGAGAAAGGAUGUGAAAGUAAAAUCUGAGCAAGAGGAGAAAGAAAAACCAAAGAAAGAGGUAUCUAAGAGAGAGGAAAAAACCCUGUCUAAGAAAGAAGAAAAGCCUAAAAAGGAAGAUACCAAGAAAGAUGUGAAAAAAGAAACUAAAAAAGAAUCAAAGAAAGAAACUCUCCCAAAAGAAUCUAAGAAAGAAGAGAAAAAGGAAAUUAAAAAAGAAGAAAAGAAAGAGCCCAAGAAGCUUCUUAAAGAAACAAAGAAAACAUCUGCCUCUUUGCCCGAGUCAAAAAAGACUGCCACAAAGCCUAAGCCACAAAAGAGGGAAGAAUCUGUCAAAAAAGAAAGUGGGCUUCUUGGGAAACCAAAGGACAAAGUUAAAAGCAAGACACUCAAGAAAGAGAUUAAAGUUUCCGAAACACCAGCUGCAGUGACGGCUUUGGGGGCUGUUGCUGCAACAGUAGCAGCUGCAGGUGUAGCAGCAAGUGGGAAAGAACUUGAAGUUGAGAGAUCACUCAUGUCUUCCCCAGAGGAUUUAACAAAAGACUUUGAAGAAUUAAAAGCUGAAGAAGUUGAAGUGGUGAAUGAGACAAAACCUCAGGGAGACAUAAUAGAAAAUGAAGACAAGAUAACCGAUAUAGAACGAAAGGAAGAUUAUGAAGUUGAGAAAGAAAAAACAGGUGGGUCCGCUGAUUCUCCUGACGAAGGCAUAACAACCACUGAACCUGAAGGAGAAUGUGAGCAAACUCCUGAAGAGCUGGAGUCUGUAGGAAAGGAGAGGGUUGACGACAAUGAAAAAUUUGAAGAUGAAGGAACUGGUUUGGAAGAAUCUUCUGAGGCAGGUGACUAUGAAGAAAAGGCUGAGACAGAGGAGGCUGAAGAACAAGGUGACAAUGAGGAAGAAGGGGAACCUCUAGGCAUCAGACAACAAGAUAUGAAGGAUACAAUAGAAACUGAGGAGAUUGAAAAAGAAAUGGCUAGAACACAUGUGUACGAAAAAAUGAAAGAUUUUCAGUAUGAUGAAAAAGCAGAGUUGAGAGCCAAGGGUGAAGAGCAAGAUGAAGAAAAUGUAGAUGAAACAGUUGAAAAGGCAGAAACAGAAGAGACUGAAGAAGACGCUGAGGAGGAAGACAAAACUGAGGAUGUCAGAGAUGAAGAAGAAACUGAGAAAAUAGAAACUGAAGAGGACUAUGUUAUGGCUGUGGUGGAUAAAGCAGCAGAGGCUGGUGAGAUUGAUGCCAAAUAUGGCUUGCAUAUAAUCACUCCAAUGAAGCACUUAGAAUCUCAGUCUCCUGCUAAGGAACCAGCAUCUUCAAUCCAGGAUGAAACUUUACCUGGUGGUUCAGAAAGUGAAGCAACUGUUUCAGAUGAGGAAAACAGAGAAGACCAGCCUGAGGAAUUUACUGCUACUUCGGGUUAUACCCAAUCCACUAUUGAAAUAUCCAGUGAACCAACUCCAAUGGAUGAAAUGUCAACUCCAAGAGAUGUGAUGAGUGAUGAAACUAAUAAUGAAGAAAGUGAAUCCCCUUCCCAAGAAUAUGUUAACAUUACUAAGUAUGAGUCAGCUCUAUACACUCAAGAUUUUACUAGGCCUAAACCUCCUGAACUUCCUGAUGCUUUCAAUGGGUUAUCUGAAGGAUCUAAAACAGAUGCCACUGAAGGUAAAGAUUACAAUGUUUCAGCUUCUACUAUUUCACCACCUUCUUCUUUAGAGGAAGACAAAUUCAGCAAAUCCUCCUUCCAAGAUCUGUACCGCCAACAAGAACAUGACAUCAAAAGUACUGGAAAAUUAGAAAUUUCAGAAGCUUUAGAUGAGAAGCAUAGCCCAAUAGAUGAAAGUCCAAUCCCUCUGUCACCGGUUGCUAGAACACCUCUUAGUGAACGUAGUGUGAACUUCUCCCUGACUCCCAAUGAGAUUAAAGUGUCAUCUGAACCUACAGCUCUCACAGCAGUGUCUGAAAAACAACAUGAAAGCCAGGAAGAGCACUGCACCAGUCCUGAUGAUAAAACAUUGGAAGUGGUGUCCCCUUCACAAUCGGCUGCUGGUAGUGCAGGACACACCCCUUAUUAUCAGUCUCCCACAGAUGAAAAGUCAAACCAACUUCCAUCUGACAUUGCUGGAAAAGCAACAGAAGCUCCAAUCAGCUUUGAAAUUAGUGAUGCCAAAGACAAUAUUGAUAAAAACAGAAUAAGCCCAAUGGAUGAACCAGUGCCUGACUCUGAAUCGCCAUUUGAAAAAGUGCUCUCACCUUUACGAAGCCCACCACUUAUAGGUUCAGAGUCUUCCUAUGAUGCAUUUUUGAGUGCUGAUGUUAAAUCUCCCCCUAGAGAAGCAGAGAGCCUCUCUGAAAAGAGUGAAAAAGAUGGAUCUCCCUUGCAAAAGAGCCUAGUUUCUGAGAUUACUUCUACAACUGUUUUCCAAGAACAGCAAGGUAAAAAAGACAUGCAGCUUACACCACCAAAAUCAGACUUUGUCCUAGAAAAAAAAAAGGGUGACCUAGAAGCUUCUGAAACUCAGCCUGUAUCUGUUUUGGAUGAAAGGAAGUUAGGAGAGGUUUCUCCUACACAGGUAGAUAUUAGUCAUUUUGGUUGUUUCAAAGAAGACACCAAAAUGUCAAUUUCUGAAGGUACAGUCUCUGAUAAAUCAGCAACUCCUGUUGAUGAAGUUGUAGCAGAAGACACUUAUUCACAUAUUGAAGGGGUUGCCUCUGUUUCCACAGCAUCUGUUGCUACUAGUUCCUUCCCAGAACCUACCACCGAUGAUGUAUCUCCUUCACUACAUGCUGAGGUUGGAUCCCCUCACUCAACUGAAGUAGAUGAUUCUCUUUCUGUAUCUGUUGUACAAACACCAACAACAUUCCAGGAAACUGAAAUGUCUCCAUCUAAAGAAGAAUGCCCAAGACCUAUGUCAAUUUCUCCCCCAGAUUUUUCUCCUAAAACAGCAAAAUCAAGGACACCUGUUCAAGAUCAUAGGUCUCCUGAACAAUCAACAAUGUCUGUUGAAUUUGGACAAGAUUCACCAGAGCAGUCUUUGGCAAUGGACUUUAGCAGACAGUCCCCUGAACAUCCCAUAGUAGGUACUGCUAUGCACCAUAUAUCUGAAAAUGGUCCAACUGAAGUUGAUUACAGCCCUUCAGACAUGCAGGAGCACUCUUUCCCACAUAAAAUAUCACCAGUGGACCAAACAUGUUAUAGCCAUGAGAAGGAUCUUUCAGAGAUCAUUUCAGUUUCUCAGAUAGAGGCUUCACCCUCUUCCUCCUCAGCACAUACACCUUCACCAGCAAGUUCUCCACUGCAAGAGGAAACUAUAUCAGGUGUUACCCAGCCUCAUGAUAUGCCAUUACAUUCUGCAUUUUCAUCAGAAAAAAUGCAGAGCCUGGGAGAAAAACUUUCACCAAAGUCUGACUUGUCUCCAUUAACACCACGGGAAUCUUCUCCUUUAUACUCACCUGGUUUUUCAGAUUCACCUCCUGUGAUUAAAGAAACAACUCCCACUAGCCAGUCACCUCCAUUAUCAUUGCACAUGUCCCCAGACAAAUCAUUUGGUUAUCAUACCUCAGUAGUUCAAGAUACUCUAACAAAACAUAGUCAAGAGCUUCUAGGCUGUACAAAACAAGAAGAUGCUGGGGAAACUACAAGAUCACCUGAAGCUCUUAAUUACUCUUAUAAUGGGACUGGAAAAACCAUCAAGUCAUCAGAGGAUAUUGGUUAUUCCUAUGAAAAAAUAGAGAAAGUUACAGGAUCCCCUGAAGCUCUUGAUUAUUCCUAUGUUGCCACAGGGAAAACCACCAGAUCCCCUGAGAUUGAUAGUUAUUCCUAUGAAGCAGCAGGGAAAACCACUAAAUCACUAGAAGCCUUUGAUUAUUCCUGUGAAACCCCACCUAGAUUAUCUGAAUCUGUGAACUACUCUUAUGAAACCACUGGAAAAACAAGCAAAUCACCUGAAACAAUCAACUACUCUUAUGAGGAUAUUGGAAAAACUAGCAAAUCACCUGAGUCAGUCAGUUACUCUUAUGAAGUGAUUGGGAAAGCCACCAAGUCACCCGACACAGCUAGCUACCAUUAUGAAAUUGAUAAAUACUUUGUUUCAGAAAAAACAGAAACUCGUCAAGAUGUUGAUUUAUGCCUUGUUUCUUCUUGUGAAUAUAAACAUCCCAAAACAGAACUUUCACCUUCAUUUAUUAAUCCUAACCCUUUAGAAUGGUUUGCAAGUGAGGAACAGCCUCAAGAACAAGAGAAACCAUUGACUCAAUCUGGAGGAGGACAACCACCUUCAGGAGGAAAACAACAGGCACGCCUUUGUGGUGAAACUCCUCCAACCUCAGUAAGUGAAUCUGCUCCAUCACAGACUGACUCAGAUGUGCCGCCUGAGACAGAAGAGUGCCCUUCCAUUACGGCAGAUGCUAACAUUGAUUCUGAAGAUGAAUCUGAAACCAUUCCAACAGAUAAAACCAUCACAUACGAACACAUUGACCCUCCACCAGUCCCAAUGCAAGAUCGUAGCCCUUCACCUAGACACCCUGAUGUUUCAAUGGUAGAUCCAGAAACCUUGCCUAUUGAUCAGAACUUAGGCAAACCUUUGAGGAAGGAUCUGAAGGAAAAAACAAAAACGAAAAAACAGGGCACAAAGACCAAGUCUUCUUCUCCUGCCAAGAAGAGUGACAGUAAAUCAAAACAGGUGGCUUCACCCAAGCCUGCUGGUUUGAAGGAAUCAUUGGAUAAAGUUUCAAGAACAGCUUCUCCAAAGAAGAAGGAGUCAGUGGAGAAAGCUGCCAAAAAUAUCUCUACUCCUGAGAUAAAAUCUUCCCGCAAUGAGGAGAAAGAUAAGGAAACCAAAAAUGCAGCCAAUUCCACAACAUCAAAGUCAGCGAAGACUACAACUGCAGGACCUAUAAGUGGAAAACCAACAAAAUCUAUAGCUGUGCCCCCCGGACCACCAGUGUAUUUGGACCUGGUCUAUAUUCCCAACCACAGUAAUAGUAAGAAUGUUGAUGUUGAGUUUUUCAAGAGAGUGAGGUCCUCCUACUAUGUGGUGAGUGGGAAUGAUCCUGCUGCUGAAGAACCAAGCAGGGCAGUCCUGGACUCCCUGCUAGAAGGGAAAGCUCAAUGGGGAAGCAAUAUGCAGGUGACUUUAAUCCCCACCCACGAUUCAGAAGUGAUGAGGGAAUGGUAUCAAGAAACCCAUGAGAAACAACAGGAUCUUAACAUCAUGGUUUUGGCAAGCAGCAGCACUGUUGUCAUGCAAGAUGAAUCUUUCCCUGCAUGCAAGAUUGAACUUUAAAAAAAGCAAAAAGCAAUGCUUCGCAACAUUAAAC